AUGGGAUGGAUAGUAGUCUACGGAGGAGUAGGUGGAUGCUUGUGGGAAUCUUCUAAGACAGAGUUGGAAGCCACUGUUGCAGGGCUGCAAAAUGAGCUCAAUGAAACAAGAGUGCUUAGCUUGAAACAUGAAGAAGCAUGCAUUCAAGUAAGGAAUGAAAAAGUAAAAUUGGAAGAGUUGAAAGAGUUGAAUAAUAGGAAUGAGGAAUUACGUGCAAAAAUGACUGAAAAUGGUUGCCUUUGGAAUACUUGUAAGGCGAAUUUAGAAGGUACAAUAGUAAAGCUGCAUAAAAAACUUAAUGAAACAAAGAUUCUGGUCCACAAUAAUCAAGCAUUAUACAAUGAAAUAAGCAGAGAAAAAGCUGAGUUGGAAGAUGAUUUUAAUCAAUUUAUUAAUGAUACUAAACUAUCAAAGGAAAAAUUGGCUGAAGAUAGGCACACGUGGGAUAAUUGUAAGGGAGAAUUUGAAGUUGCAAUUGAAAAACUGCAAAAUGAUCUAAAUGAAGCGAGAAUGCCAAGCCAGAAGUAUGAAGUUUUGUGGUCUCAAUCAGGAGAAGAAAAAAAUGAGUUGGAAAAGACUGUUUUAGGGCUACAAAAUGAACUCGAUGAAACAAAGAUUUUGAGAGUAAAAGACCAGGAGCUGUGUAAUGUGCUAAGAGAAGAAAACAAUCGUUUAGGAAAUAAGUUGAAACAAUGCAAUGACAGGAUUGGUAAAUUAAAUACAAAAAUUAAAGAAGAGGAGCUAUUGUGGUUUCGUAAUAAGGAGGAUUUGGAAAGCAGACUUGCAGAUGUGGAGUAUGAGAAAGAGACAUUGAUCCAGGAAUAUAGAGCUCUGUGGGCCCAUUUAAGAGAUGAAAAAUAUGAAUCGGAAGACAAAGUGAGAGAAUACAACGAUAAGGAUAAGGAAUUGCAUGCACAGAUGAGAGAAGAUUGCCGCUUUUGGGAAGCUUGUAAGGCGAAAUUUGAAGACUCUGUUGCAGGGUUACAAAUUAAUUUUAAUCAAUCCAUUAAUGAAAGUAAACAAUCAAAGGAAAAAUUAGCUGCUUGUAAGGGAGAAUUUGAAGUUACAAUUGCAAAACUGCAAAAUGAGUAUAAUGAAGCGAGCAUGUUAAGCCAUAAGCGUGAGGAUUUGUGCUCUCAAUCAGAACAUAAAAAGAUUCGGGAAUUAAAUAUAAAAAUUGAAGAAGACGAGCGGUUGUGGAUUACUAAUACGGCUGAUUUAGAAAACAAAGUUGUAGGUCUGCAGUCUGAGAAAGGGAUAUUGAGCAGGGAAUAUAAACUUCUGUGGGUCCAUUUAAAAGAUGAAAAAGAUGACUUGGAAAACAAAUUGAGAGAAUGUAACGAUAGGAAUAAGGAAUUGCAUGCGCAGAUGAGAGAAGAUUGCCGCUUGUGGGAAGCUUGUAAGGAAAAUUUUGAAGAUUCUGUUGCACAGCUGGGAGAUUAUAAUGAUAUACUAAUCUCUAUGGAAGAUGAAACAUGGAGCCUAAUGUCUUUCUCAGAGUGCAAUGCAAAGACAGUAGAAAACUUGCAAACUGAAGUGCAAUUGACCACCCAUUCACAAACACAUUUGAGCAAGAAAAAUGAAGAACUGACUACAGAAAAUGAAUCUCUGAAAUUGAAAUUGGAAGAACUAACUACUGAAAAUGAAUCUACGUCUGCAAGCAGGGAGGAGGCUUGGAUUCAAGAAAAUGUUUUAUUGAAACAACAAGUCCAUGAGCUUCAAAAUGGGUUUCCACUGAUGAAAGAUUAUGAAGGGGUUUCCACUGAUGAUAUUCUCGACUCAGUAACACGGGAGAGGCAAUUACUCACAUCUCUAUCAGAAACCACUGAUAAACUGGUGGAAGAUCCCGUUAUAGAGAUUAGAACAGUGAAACAGGAAGCCUUUCAACUUGAUCAAGAAAACCAACAAUUAUAA